GGCAUCCUCCUCGACCUCAGGAGAGAGCAACUCUGCAUGCUCGCCAUGGCAGAGCCCACAGGACAUUGGCGUGUGGGGCCAGCUCCCAGCACAGCUCAUUCUCCAGAAUCUACACCCAGAUGUGUGGAUGCUGGUCCUUCUCUCAAGAGCUUGCAGACUGCAGGUGGUCCUGGUGAAAAGGCAGAUUCCCAAAGCAGCUAGCUGGGGUUAUUGGCAGCAGCAAUCUGAAAAGGCACAGAGAUGAGCAUAGAUCACCUCUGAAUCAAGUUCAUGUCAAGGAAGAGGACCCUACUGAACUACAGGACUGAUGCUGCCUUCAAGCCUCCAAAGAUGCUGGCUGCUAUCACUCAUGGCUUCUUCCCCUCAUCGUUUCACAACACUGGGCAAUGGUACCUUGAGGAGGAGACUGACACUGAGCCCAAGAAAUGCUGUCAGUCACAUUUCCCAGAGGAUCUUAUUCUUAGGCCAGAAACUUCUUGAGGAAGAGACUGACUGCAUGGUUUAUGCCUGUAUUGCCCCAUGAUUGGAGUUCCUGGAUAUAUCUCCACCAGCAAAGUCAUCCCCUCCAUCGUGCAUUGACAGUGCAGGAGAAUGGCAUAAAGCAAUUGCCCAGCAGCUUGAAUCAGCACUAGAAUUAACUCUGUGUGGGUCAAGAGAACCUGAAUUGAAGAGAUUGUAAAGGUGGUCCAGGGAUGGGCUUCCCUGCUUCACACCUUCACACCAACAUGAACCUGGAUAUCUUUCUAUUCCUUGUGUGGGUUUGGUCUCUACUGCCCCUUUCUGGGAACAUCUGUAAACGCACCACAUCUAUUGAACAAGGCAGGAAGGUUUAAGUCCUGGACCAAGAAGCUGCCCUGGCUUUCCUCACCUCUGAAGGUGCCACGUUUGAAAGCGUCUUCUCCUGGCUAGCCAUGGCUUGUGUGCUGCAGCCAUCUGGGACUUGAUCUCAUUUCCACAAUGAGCAGCUUGUGGGAGCAGCUUUCUGCACUCCAAGAGGCAGCACAGGGCUCUGGCACAGCAUCCCUGGAGUCCUGGAAGAUUUAAAGGCCACGCACCAUGGCCAGCAUGCUCCCAUCCACCCAAAAACCACAUUAAGAGUCUUCUCAUCAGCAUGAUCCCAGAGCCAACUUCUCAUGGAGGAGACCAUGGUGAAACUCCCUUCUUGCAUCGAGGCCUUGGACACACAAAGUCUUCCCCAUAAGGUGCUGGUGUGAAAGAUGAGGCUGAAUGAGAGCCGGACAAGAUCCUUCCAGGCUCCUGUCACCAUCCAUAACUACCCAGGCAGGCAGGUCUAUGUGUUUCCCAAUGGCCGCUCUGAUUCGGAGGAGUCAUCAGAGGAGGAACUCAACGUUAUGGAAUUGCGACCAAGGGGCAAGGAGCAGCAGAGAUGCAGCACCUCUCGGGACAGAGUUGGAGACGUGGUACUUCUGGAACGGGAGAUUAUGGAGGGCGAUAACCUGAACAAGUUGGCCCUGCAGUAUGGCUGUAAAGUUGCAGAUAUCAAACGUGUCAACAACUUCAUCCGGGAGCAGGACUUGUAUGCUCUGAAGUCCAUCAAGAUCCCUGUGAAGAGCCAUGGGCUGCUAACAGAGAACGGCGGAGACCUGAGGCCAGUCCCGAGUGUGCCCCCACAGCCUGGCCUGACAAUUGUGGACUUAGGGGAGGCUGAUGAGGGUGUGAGCAGCAGUGCUGAGAGCAGACACCUCAGUGACUACUUCAAGGGGAUUGACAAGAGCAUUCAGGACGCGGUGCAGGCCGAGGUUCAGCUGAACACCGAGUACUGCCCGGAGGCACUGGAGAGACCACUGCCUGAAGCAGAGAAGCAGGAGACAAGCAAUGGAGCAGACUGUGGGAUCCAGUGGUGGAAUGCAGUUUUUAUUAUGCUCCUGAUAGGAAUUGUCCUGCCGGUAUUUUAUAUCAUCUAUUUUAAAACACAAGGCCUGGUGGCUCAUACCUCCAACACAACACUAACCUCAAACGUUUCAGCUGAUGGAUUAGAAGGGAAAUUACCACAGAGCUCAGUUGUAGAUAAAAAUCCUAAAGGGGAGAGGCAGCCGCCUGCAGCCUCUUGCCUGGCACUGCAGCACGAGUGCAGGGACAGACUCGAGCACAGUCAGGGUAACAACACAGAUGAGUUCUAUUUUUGUUAAGUAGCUGGUGUUGUGAUCCUGAACUUGACUGAAGUGCAGCAAUGUGCUGCUUGUGGAACAAUCAGGAGGCUUUGUUGCUUGUAAGGCUCAUCAGGCAGCUGGCUUAGCAUCCAUGAGCUCUAUCAAGGGACAGUAAAGUAUUUUGUAGCAAUCGACUCACAGUGGUUGCUUCAGGUUAUUUCCUAAUGCCUUGUCCAAGCAGCAAAUCCUUUGCUGCUGCAUAAAGAGUUCAGUAUUAAUGCUAUUGGAAUGUUGGGGGUGGUUUGCAUUUUAUGAAAACCCCCUUUUUGCUUCAAGUAUUAGUGGGGAUUCAACUUUUUCUCUGAACCUUCAGUUUUAGCUCUUGCAGCCCAUGGUAGCUUUGAUGUACUUGACUCUAAACCAAUGUCCUCCAGUGCAUUACUCGAGGUGUGCAAUGGCACAAGGCUGCCACCAUCACCUCACCUUUUCAUGCCUUUGAGGCCACCUCUGCCCAUCGGUAAACUCCUUCAGAGGCAUCUCUUGCAGUUGAGUGACUCACCCAGAGCCAACACAUCUGCAUGACUGCAGAUAGCCAAAGAGUAGAGGAGGAAGCGAAGCAGCAUUAUGCCUGGGAUAUGUAUGUAGUACACACUUCUCAAAGGCUCAUUGUUUUGGAUGGGGGGCUGUGUUUAGCCAGUAUUAUAUUUUUAAUAAUAACAAUAAUCUAUAAUGGUGCAUCUCUAACACGCAAACACCCAGUGUCAGUGCUGGGUUUGUGUUUCCUUGGUUGUGUUAGAGAGUGUCAUGAGUUGCGUUUGAUUUGCAAGGUCCAGGACUGCAGCCUUGCAUUACUUCGGUGGCAGGAAGACGUGCAAAUCCUUUACAGGCUGUGGAGCUGCUGGGUGAUAAAGGUUUGUGUGAGCUGCUGACAUUGGUGUUCACAGCCUUCGGAAUUCAUAGGAACACCCACUGAAGCUGCAGAGGUUCGUGGUGUCCGAAGGCAUUGGCAGGGCCAAGGUCAGUGCUGUUUAGGACAGGUCAGUGAACACUACAUGCAGAGAGGAGCAGGAAAGGAGCCUUUGGGGAGCUUUGCCUCAGAAAUUGAAUUCAGCAAAUUCAGGGCCCAUGGCAGCAGGUAAAUGCUCUCCUAGAACACAACAGGAGGUGUUUUGCAGCACAGAGUGUGUGACACCUGCCCCGGGUGAGGUGAGGGCUCAGCAGGGUUCCAGCCCCUCUUUGGGCUGCUCUGCAGAGAAGUGCAGGAUCCUUCCCACUGCCCAGGCUGUGCAGUGAGGAGCUGAGCCCAGGGCAGGGCCUAAGGAGGCAUCUGCAGGAGCGUGGGAUGGGAGUGAGGCAAGAAGCACUGUGUGCUGUUACAGUGAAACCCCGUGUUCCCUGCAGCCCUCCAUAAAGGGGCUCAGGAAGGCCUGAGGGAACCAAGUUUUGUAAUCGAGGACUCUAAAGUACCUUAUACUGAACUAAACCUUGUAUUUUUCUUCUGUGAAGGAGCUGUAUCUGUUUGAGGGGGGGAUUGGGAUGUUUUCAAAUAAAGCACAAAGGGGCACCCCA